GAGUGGCAAAGGCAGGGAGGCAAAAGGAGAGCGGCACGGGUUUGGUUCCAGGCCAUCAAGAGGGGGACAACGCCGACAUCCACGGCGCCCAGCCACACACACGGGUCCAGCACACGCCCGCAAAUUCGUGGGGCGUUCGGAGGGGCAGGCUUUCUGAUACAGGAGAGGCAGGGCUUGUUUGUUUGCCAUGUCGGGGGAAGACCCGUUUUUCCCGGACGCCACCGGGGGCAGCAGCGGCGAGGCCGCGGACCCCGGGGCGGCAGCGUCUGCCGGUUUUGUUGACGCGGGCUCACCGCCGCCGGUAGCGUACGGCAUGCAGGAAACCGCAGCGUACGACCUCGGCGGGGGAGGCGGCGGAGACCAGUUUGGAGUAGUCGGUGACGGCGAGCAAUUCGGAGGUGGGGGCGGCGGAGGAGAAGGACUCGGAGAAGGAGGCGGACUCGGAGGAGGCGGGGGCGACCAUUUCGAGGGGGUGCCGCUGCAGGCGUCGUCGACGCCGUACCAGCCGAAACCUACGGACCCCUGCAGCCUCGAGGAGGCGGCCGGAGUAAUGGAGGAGGCACAGAGCCAGUUUGACGCCGUGGUGAAGGAGAGGGCCGAAAAGGAGGCCGCCAAGGCGGCUGAGGUGAAACGCCUGGCGGAGGAGGAGCUAGACGGAUUUUACGACGGGCGCACGGACGAGGUUGCGCGGAGGCAGGCCCGCAGCCGCGAACAGGAGGAGACGUUCCUUAAAGGGGUGUCCGCCUCGAUCGAGGAGUCCACUUCCAACCCUUGGGCCAGGAUAUGCGACCUCGUAGAUUUGAAGAAGCCGGUCAUAUCUGCGAAAUCCUCUUUCUCUGCUGGCGCUGGCGCUUCCGGAGGCGGAGGCGGCGGCGGCAGCCGCAAGGGCUCUGCCACGGCGCAGAGUGGGAUGGAGGAGGAGGAGGUUUUCAGGGCAACCGAAAAGAUGCGAUCGCUCAUCAUUCAGAUGAAAGCGGACACAGCCGAGAGUAACGCGGGCGGCGACACUGGAUAAAGAGGAGUGUGACAAGAAAAAUAGAAACAACAUAAGGACAGCAGUACCCCGGGUUUGUAAGCACCGAGGCUUACCGCCCCGAGGGCUGUUGUGUCUAGCGUGUGCCGCCCGGGUGGCGAUGCGGCAACGUUCGGACGAACACGAAGUAUAUUCCCAUACCUAGUUCUUGUUGUGAUGGUUUUGCUAUGUGUUGUGCAGUUGCUUUGGUAGGUCUGCGCUGGUUGCGUGCCCGCCCAGCCUGUCUGUCUGGAUUCGCAAGUCCUUCCUUCUUGUGGGAGUGAGUGCGUUAGACCUGCGCGUGUAUGCAGAGAUAGGGCGGUGUGAUUGCGUGUGGAGGGGAGAAAAAGUGCCCCAACACAUAGCUGCCGUGUUUUUUCGUUUCCAAAGGCUUGAUGAGGCACGUAUGAUCAUGCUGAUCAUGCGCUGGGGUCAUGCGUGUACAGCGUGGGGAGGGUGUGGGGAGGGUGACACUCGAAGCUAAACACGACCGUCGACGACGAGAGCAUAGCGCGAUAGAAGUACGUAAUGCAUAGUAGAACGAGAUACCCCGACGGGGUGGCAUUUUUUUUCCUGUAUCUGAGCCCGUUGGCUAGUAUCUAUCGUGCCGCAUAGCACGUAGUGUGUGCUCUCCUCCUGUGGA